ACCCCGCCGCCAUGCUGAGAGUAUCGUCAUACCGCCGGCUGUUUGAGGACGAACCGUGGGGCAGCCAACAGUCUGGAGGGCUGUACCUCUCCUCCGCGAGAGGUGGGACCACAGAGUUCCAAUGGCAGGAGCCUGAUUUUAAAGCAGCCCAUGCUCUGAACAGAGAGAGCAUGUCUCGAUUUAAGAAGGAACGUGUCCUGAUUGCUGAACUCAAUGACCGACUGGCCCUGUUGAUUGAAACGGCCCGUUGUCUGGAGGAAGACAAUGAGUCUCUGGAGGCCCAGAUCCUGGAGUUGGAGGAAAGAUUGAGCAGCCAGGACACUGACAGCUCCACUGGGGUGCCUGAAUGUGGCCUGGAGCUGGUGGUGGAGCGACUGCGCAGAGAGAAGGAACAGAUCCUGUGUGACGUCGCAAAGUUGAAGGGAGAGCUGGACCUUCUGCAGGUGGAGCAUGCCGAGGCAGUCAAGCAGAGGUCACUGAUCUACCUGGAGAGGGAGGACGUUGCCCUGGAUGUUGAUGUAGUGACCGCUGAUUGCCUGGCCCUGAAGGACCAAGUGGCCAUCUACGAAGAACAGCUGGCCAUGAUGCGGGUGGAGUAUGAGUCGAGGGUUGAGAAAAUUUCCGAACCUGCUGCUGCUGUUCCCAUGGUAACCUUGGAGUUCUCCAGCCCUGAUGUCACCCCUGCCAUCUUGGACAUCAAGGAAUAUUUCAGCCAGCUGGCUGAAAGCUUGCAGUUUCAGUCUAAGGCAGCGGCCAGCAUCGCUGUGGGCGAGCAGGGCGAGGGGGAGAAGGCCAAACUCUCUGGAACAGGAGUGACAGAUGCGUCCAAGGUUGACGAGCUGAAGAUGCAGAUUGCUGAGCUGCAGAAAGAGCUAGCAGACCUGGAGAGAUACGGAGAGGAACUGGAUGACAAAAUCUUACAGAGGAGAGCUGCUUACCUGGAGGAGGUUGAGGAACUGGAGAGCUGCUUGGCUGAGCUGGAGGCUGCCCAGGCCCAGCUGGAGGCACAGAUGAGGGAUGAGUGCGGAGACUAUCAGGACCUGCUGACUGAGAAGAUGGCCCGGGAUAUGGAGAUAGUCUACUACAGGGGAUUGGUCGAAGUGGAAGAAGAGCGGUUGCACUUUCUGUAGCGGGAGAUGAGGUCAGCUGCAGCAGGAGGAGAACGUAUGUGAGCAACUAACACACUCCCUAGAGCAACCUUGGUAAAA